AUGGCAUACACACCGCCCCAAGACAUAAACGAGUAUCAUCGCAUAUUUUCCAAAGUUUUCAACAAACGACUAAAAUAUGUGCUCAAUGUCAAUAUAAUCUUGUCAAUCUUGAUGACAAUUGUUUUAGAUCUACCAUUUCACCGAUUGCUAUCGUUGCGGUUCCUUUUAUCAAUUGUUCUCAAAGUACCCGUUUAUUUCUUAGCUUUGACUUUGAUUAGACAAGCACGGGUUAGAUUUUCCACUGUUAAUUACUCGAAUCAAAAGACGCUAGGGUUACAAAUUUACCACUCAUUAUUAUCAAACCAGUAUCUUGAAGUGACAUCAUUCCACAUCUUGUCGGCAUUAUUUGUCUAUGGUGUAUUCAUCUUCAAUUUACCAUUCACUUUUGAUUUUUAUUUGAUUUCAAAAGAAUACAGAAAGAGCCCCUUGUUGAAUGAUGAGUGGGUCUACUAUUGGGUGUGUCCAUUUAUUGUGGGAGCAUUGUACUCGGCCAACCAACUUGUGUUCCAAAGGAAUAGGAUCCCUUUUGAAUAUGGACAUAACAGGAAUAGUCCGCAAAGUUCUUUGUUUGCACAUUUACCACAAGCCUUGGGAAAUGCUUUGGGGUUGACCAUAUUGAUAUCAAUAGCUAGUCCUGCUUUAUAUUGGGGAUGUAAAUCUUACUUGUACAGAUCGUUGAUCGUGCUCCGAUUAUUUGGCCUUGACAACUCGUUACCAGAAGGAAGCACGACCUUGUACACGUACCUCAAGUUGGCAUUUCUCACAUAUGUGUUGGUUUUGAACUGGGAACUCGAGAAUCACCUAUUCAGAGUUUACGCGACAAUUGGAUGUCUUGAUGGUAAAAAGCCAAUAUCUUCGUACAGCAAGGAUCCUUUGAAUUGCUUGUUGAAGGGUUUACGUGAUGUGGCGCCAAGUCACGAACUAAGUAGAUUGACUGCAUUUCAAGAAUUGGCCUAUAUUGCAACCACCAGUGAAAAGGAAGGGUUGCGGUUGCGAUUGGCAAUAUUCAGCGCAAGGUCAAAGAAGGAAAAAUUAUGGCCAGCAUUGUACGAAGAAUGUUCAUUGGUUAUUCGGGAGGUUAACGGGCAAAUCAACAAGAGGAGCACGCGUGAUAUGAAAGCUUUAAUAAGCUGGGAAAAGGAUGUUGACACUGGCUUUAAAAGGAGAAAGGACGACAAUAUCUUUGGCAAUUCAUUUACAAGCUCUUUGUUGGAUGAGGGGGGAAAGAGUGCAACUAAUAGCAAAGCUACAAGUGAGAGUAACUGGGUAGGCUAUGUGCGCAGUGAGGUUAUAGCUCCAGUAGUGAAGGUCAUCUCGCCAUAUUUGCCGCAACAUGUGUCGAGUUAUUUCACGUCUCUGUUAACAUCGUUCAAGACCAAGGAGGGUCAAAAAAUUGACGCUGUGGCAUCCGAGUUUAGAAAGCAGUUUUUGGAGUCGGUAUUCGGAGUCUUGUUUCGUGUAACAUUAAAAAGAGACUGCGAGUCAAGGGUGAGAAACCCCGCCAAUUUUGGAAAUGCAGUCAUUGCUGUAUCCAAUAUUAUUCAGCGCUCAGUUGUGGAGGAUUCAUUAAAUGUUGUCACGUCGGCUGAUAUAGGUAGUACGCUCAAUCUUCUUGAAAAGUCCAUCCGCAUUUCGACCAAUUAUACUGAUCAAUUACCUGCUUCGGUAUUUGUUGGAUCAAGCAAAUCAAAAUUUCACUUGAUCUCGGACUUGAAUAAUCUCGAAUACCACGAAUUCUACAAUACAUGCAUACAGUUUAGCGGUUUAUUGAACGAGCUCAAUUUAAGUCCCAAAGCGUCCGAGCUUGCAAAAUGGGUCAUUGAUAUCGCCAUUGCUGAAAAAGAGCAGCAUCUGAAUAGGAGUGUCUAUUAG